UCUGCCGUUAAUCCGUCAGGGAUUGGUCUGAAGUCAGCGGAGUGGAGGAGCAGGAACGGAGAGGAUUGACGGAGUUUUUUGUUUUAACUCCAGAAACACUGACUUUAGACAAUGUUAGCGGACCGACAGAACUAUUAAAACGAUAAUACAGAAAGUGUUUAACAUGAGAGACAAACUUUAGGGGUAAGUUUUUUUCUUUCUUCUGGGGGAGACGCGGAGAUUGACGGAGCAGUCCGUUCACGGCUCAACAUGGAUGUCCGGGGAGCAACGGUGCGACUCUGAAGAGGAAUUAGGGCCGUUUGUCGGUUAUUUCUGGUCGUUAGUUUGUCUAGCGGAGCUGAGGAGGCUUUUAAAUCAGUAGCCAAUUUUAAAAGGUUUAAGUUCGUCUGUGAAUUGUUGCUAUUAUUAGAAAAAGAUGUUGAGGCUGUGGAGGCGAGACGUGCCGCUUUCAGAGAGGCUCGGGGAAGACUCCCCCCUGGCCGCGGCGCCUGGCCCCCCGCCCACGGCAGCCCCAGUGGGCCCCAACAUUUCCUGGCUCCCUGAAGCCCCACGAUUGAGCCCAGAGCAGCCUAUCUUCCUCAUGACUCCUGCAGCACAGGCUGUGUCUGGCUUCUUCGUCUGGACCGCGCUCAUCCUCACCUGUCACCAGAUCUACAUGCAUCUUCGUUUUUACAGCUCACCCAGGGAACAGCGCCACAUCGUGAGGAUCCUCUUCAUCGUUCCUAUCUAUGCCUUUGACUCCUGGCUCAGCCUCCUCUUCUUCACCAACGACCAGUACUACGUGUACUUCGACACUGUCAGGGACUGCUACGAGGCGUUUGUGAUUUACAACUUCCUGAGUCUGUGCUACGAAUACCUCGGAGGAGAGAGCGCCAUCAUGGCUGAGAUCCGAGGGAAACCCAUCGAGUCCAGCUGUAUGUACGGUACCUGCUGCCUGAGGGGAAAGGCCUACUCCAUCGGCUUCCUGCGCUUCUGUAAGCAGGCCACCCUGCAGUUCUGUGUGGUCAAACCACUCAUGGCCAUCAUCACCGUCAUCCUGCAGGCCUACGGCAAAUACAAGGACGGAGACUUCAAUGUUGCCAGUGGUUACUUGUACAUAACCAUCAUCUACAACAUCUCUGUCAGUUUGUCUCUGUACGCCCUUUUCCUCUUCUACUUCUCCACGAGGGAGCUGCUCAGCCCGUACAGCCCCAUGCUCAAGUUCUUCAUGGUCAAGUCGGUCAUCUUCCUCUCCUUCUGGCAGGGCAUGUUGCUGGCCAUCCUGGAGAAGUGCGGGGCCAUCCCUCAGAUCAACUCCUCUGAGGUGUCUGUCGGCGAGGGCACGGUCGCCGCCGGUUACCAGAACUUCAUCAUCUGCAUCGAGAUGUUUUUCGCGGCGCUAGCCCUGCGACACGCUUUCACGUACAAAGUCUACAUGGACAAAAGUCUCGAUUCAGCAGGACCUGUUCCCACAUACGGAGAGUUUGGCCGCUGCGCCCCCAUGAAGAGCAUCUCCAGCAGCCUGAAGGAGACGAUGAACCCGGGCGACAUGGUCCAAGACGCCAUCCACAACUUCUCCCCGGCCUACCAGCAGUACACCCAGCAGUCGACGCUGGAGCAGGGGGCGCCGCCGUCCGUCUCGCGCACCCACAGCGCCGUCAGCGCCCGUGGCGACACUGAAAAGACCCUCCUCCUCAGCUCCGAUGACGAAUUCUAAAGUGGGAAAAAUGACACAGACAGGCACUCAUCGCACCACAGCUGAGUCUUAUUCAGACUGAUGUUUUACUGGCGGAUGGAACCUGAAUCCUCCCGUGCAGCCAGCCUUCUUAAACGUGUGGUUGAUUAUAGAGCUGCGUGUUUGUUUUUCCUGUUUUCAAGACUCGCUCGUGAAUGCAAGGACCUUCCUGCGUAAACAUUUCUGCACCCACAUUUCCCAGGGCGUCUUAUUCAGUGGGAACACUCUAAGCUGAUUUUGUGUUAAAACCGCCGGCCAGAAACAGGGUUGUGUCAGCUUUUGGAAAGUUUGUGAGUCACACUUGCACAUACUGAAUCAUACUUGACUUAAGAAUGAAAGUUUUUUGGCUCAGAUAGGUGCAUAAAUUCACAUUUCAGCUCAGUCCUGUUUCCUUCGCUCAUAUGUGUUUCUCAGAGGCAGUGUAAUCAUCUUAAUGGAUGUUCAUGUUUUUAGUUUUUGAAAGCCCUGUUGCUUUCACAUGCUCAUUGACUGUGUUUAUCAAGGUUUCCCCAGUCAGGAAAAUCCUUAAAAAUUGGAAGUAGAUUGAUUUUUUUCCAUAACUGGCAAUGAAAAAUAUAAUUUAAGUUUUAUAAAAGUUUUAAACUUUUAAUUUUAUGAAUGUGAGAAUAAUAUUUAGAAUUUAAUUAGCAAAAAAUAGACUAAUUAAUUGGUCUGAAAACAUAUAAAUGUGCUUCAGACAGAAGCUGUUUUCAGUGUUGUGGCAGUCUUGUGGUACAAAUGUGGUGUGAUGUUAUGGAAAAUAUUAGAUUAAGUGUAAGUGAACCCUGGCGUGUUGUGGGAUUUUUAAGGGACAUCCUUCACUGCAGUGAGGGGAUGGAUUUAGAGGGAAGCCAAGUCAGAGGCACGAGUUGUAUGGAUCAAUGUUGUUAUUGAUAUUGAUGGAACAGAUAAGAGUGAGGCAGAGCAGAUUAUAGAUUAUACAGUACAUCUGCUCCAGUGGGCAGCAAGAGUGAAGGGCGGCUGCAGCAGCAGAGCCGGUCAGGAUUACACUGGUGUAAUUGGGGCGUUAUUUGAACGGCUGGGAUUAAAACUCGAGCUGGUUCUCUCAGGCAGCAGACCACAAUGUAGGUUAACAGGAUUGAGGGAAAAACAGAGGAGGAAUAUAGGUUAAAGCUAAGUUUAGAUGAUUGUCCUCAGUAGAGCUCUUUCUUAGGAAUUAAACCUUUCCUCUGUUAAUAUAGAUACAUGAUUCCAAAUGUUAAAGGCAGGCAUUUAAAGUCAAACUGAAAGAUGAAUUCAACUCUUUUUUUCUUUUUUUGUAACUUUCCAAAAUGAUUUAAUUCAUUCUUAAUAAUCAGAAACUCCCAGUGUUGUUGUUAGCCUACAGUAUAGAGAGGAGAGGGUCUAGCUAGCUAGCAUUAGCCUGAGUUUGUCUCUGUUAUGAGUGCAGCUGAGGUGACUGUUAAGUGUCAGAACUCAUGGAAAGGAGUAGUCCUGUAACCCCAGCAGGCCACGUGUUACUCUUUUAUUCUUGUGACACACAGAGUAGUGGAGUCAUACAGGAAGUGCUGGAAUCACAGAUGGUACACAUGCUAACAACGUCAGCCCUAAGCUAGCUAACAUCCUGCAUGGUUGUUGGAAGCAAAGCGAUAUUACGAGCUGUUUUCAACGCCCGCUCAAACAGAUAUUGGACUAAUCAAAUUAUCCGGUAAUGAUAAUGUCAGUCGGUACCAGAAUUUUAAACAGCACGCCCCCUGGAGACACUUAACAUGGGGGGAGCUAUCACAGCGAACUUUCUACUUUCUAAUAAUUACAAAUUUGACCAGUACAUGAAUUAAAACAAACACCAAUGACAUGCAUACAAAGAUUACUUAGCAAAAAAUAAAUAAAAUAAAUCAGUUUGACUUUAAAUUAGUAUUUAAAGGUGAUGAUGGUCCUGAUUGGAUCCAGGUACUUAUUUGUCCAAAAUAAGUGAGUUUCCUGCUUUUGCCCUGACACGCCCACUGUAGGGACUUCUUUGUCAGCCAGUAAGGUUUCAGUAUUUUAAGUUUUUUUGCUUGAAAGGACUUAAGUCUGCAGCUUAGCUACAUUGUUUGCACAUUAUACAGUUCUUAUCUGAUGUAUAUUGAGGUAUAUCUGAAAGUUAAGACCUGAAUAUUAGCGCUAUAAUAUGUAAAAAUAUAUUCUGUGCACCACAUUUCCAUCUUAUGCAUUUACAGCUAUGUCUCAGUUAAAAAUAACAAGUGCGUAAACUUGACAUUGUUGUUUUUUUCUUUUACUUCGAUGCCGUUCUGUUCCAGUCAGGCCUUUUUUUGUCUGAUUUAAUUUCACCGCAGUCAGAGCGAGUUAUUUUUUACUCAUAAUUGGAGUUCUUGAGUCAUCUUGGAUGAGUCAGAGCAAGUCUGCCGACGUGUUUACUGUAACUACUUUCACUGCGCUGCAGUACCUCUGUGUGAACACCAGGGGGCUGCGUGUUGAUGACAAGAACACAUUCACUACUCUUAUCUGCCAGCAGACAGGCAGUUAUUAUCACACACUUUAAGCUCGGUGCACAUGUAACGGAAAAAAUGCUUUGUUUGAGAGCCAGUCUUUCUUCUUUUUUUUUUGUCUGAUCAUCACUGCGUGUGUGUGUGCAUGUGUGUGUGUGUGUGUGUGUGUGUGUGUCAGCAGAAAAUAGAAAGCCAAGGCCUCAGACAGUGGUCUGUCUUUUUUUUUAUUUCUACUUCUGCUUGACAUAAUAUUAGUUUUUAAAUAGGAGGGAUGCCACGUCUGUGCACAGAAGCCGCAGCCUAUUUUUAGACACUGCUGAGUGCUGUCUGUGUAGUUAUAUUACUACAUUUUGACAUGGAUACAAACUAGAUUUUAUUUUUGAUUUUUUUUACUAUGCCUGAGCUUCAUUCAGCUACAAAUUACUCUCUAACCCUAACCCUCAUAAAAACUAGAGUUUUCUGUCUUUAAAACUGCAUCUUCACGUUGGAAUCACGAACAAACACAACAGAUGUUUGACAAUGAGUGCUGAUAUUUUGGGGUUGAUGCGUUGAACCUGAUAGUGCGUCUUAAAAUUUGAAGAAUGUUUUCUUCUGCACUUUCUUAUCAGGGUGGAAAUGACGAUGAAAUCCAAACCAAUGCACUUUUUUUGUUGUUGUUGUUGUUGCAAGGCAGGUUUCCUCAUCUGAUAUUACAGUAAUUCACUAUUUGAAAACAAAGUAGACAGUGUGUCCGUCUGCACUCUUAACGCCAUAAUUCACUCUUCAGCUAAGACUCUUUUUCACUUUCUCGCUGAGAUGUUCUUAUCAGAUGUUUAUGAAUAUUGCUGAGAAAAUGCUGCCGGCUGUUGUUGUAAAUAUAGUUUAAAGUGCUGUCUACAGGAGGAGUUGUAGUGGUGUUUGAUUAAAUAGUCACAUAUGCUGUAAAGCACAGGACAAACAAAGACCUAGUUUUGUAUUUUUACUUUCAUAAUUGACUCUUUUUUAUUUCAGCGACUUUUGGUUUGUAGUUCUUUGUAUAUUUUAAAGCUGCUCAUGAUGCUACUAUUUCAUGUGUAAUGGAUGAAUAUCAGAAAAGAAAUAAUAAAUGAUAUUUAGUCUGGUAUUUAAGUUAAACCCCUUUGAUUUUUACUAUUUAUAUCUGAUGUCUGAUUCACAUGAGGUGCUCUGUGGUUCCUCAAGUAAGAUUUAAAACGUUUAUGAAACGUGGGCAGGGAAGGUCUAGUGACACGGCUGAGUUGCAUUAUGGGAAAUGUAGGAUACCAUGUUUUCCCUCCUUUGUCCCCAUGCUGCAUUUCAAAAGGUACCUAGCAUACAUUGUUUUUUACAUUUAGAUGCCUUUUUUAUAUUUUCAUUGGAGAAUUAAUCUCUGUGGUAUUUGUAGGAUGUGUAUCAUAUCUCAAAAUUAAAACCACAUUUCCCAUAACCCUGUCACUUCCUGCCACAAUUAGAAUGUGCUAAUUUUGAAGGCUUCAUCAUUUUCUUCACCUGCCAUUACGAAAUAGAGUGAACUGGAAAAACAGCAUGUGUCUGUUGUCCAUAUACAAAUAUAGUAGUAACACAAAGCAAAAUAAUAUGACUAAAUAAACACUAACGUUAACUCUGUGCUACUGGUCAAAGUUAAAAUCACAGAACAAAACUGUUGCAUUGAAUUAAACAUAUUAUUUUGUUGUGCAAGUACUGAACAAAGUAAAAACACAAAACAAGCAUGAGGCCGCAGCUGAAAUCCCCCUGACACUGACAGGAGAGCAUCAGGGACUCAGCAGAGGAGCUGAAGUAAACAUGAGUGCUGUGCUCAUGUACCUGAGUCAGCAAAUUAUGCUGCAGCACACACUGCAGGUGUAUAUCGAGGCGAUGACUUAGAAUUUAUUCGUUAUGAUUUUGGCAAAAGAAUUAAGAGCAAUUACGCCUUUCUAAUAAUUAUUUUUCUCAUGCCACCGACUCGAUUUGUCAGUGUUAUCCUUGGUCAAAAGCAGCAGCUCACCAUUUAUACUUAAACCCUGAGUUUAUCUUGUGAUCUGGAGCGAUCACUUGUGCAACACAUCACAUCCUGCAGAUCCACUUCCUUUCUCUACCGCACUGUGUGCAUCUACUCUUCCAAUCUAGCUGAUAAUCACAAACACACCAUUUUAUGUACAAUAUGUACAACAUUUAUUAUAAUUAAUAUAUAAAAUAGACAAUGUACUUAAAUUUUCACAAUAGAAAAAAUACAUGUAAUAAAUACAAAGACCAUUUUUGUUUUGCAAGUUAUUACAAAACAUCCAGCACAAUUUGACAGAUGUGAGACGUUAAAAUAUUGAGAAUAAAUGCUUUGCCACACUGAUAUUCAUAUAGCUAAAUAUAUGCCUCAUAUCUUAGGGAGUUAUUUGUCAACACAGUCUAAUGUGUUACAAUGCCUGCUUAUAAAUGAUAUUGCUAGCACUAUUCAGUGGCCUAGACUCCAUGAAAUCCAGACCUGUAAACAGGCCUAUGACCGAUGGAGGUGUUCAAGUGAAUAAAACGCCACCUCUCUCUCUCUCUCUCUCUACCUUCUUCCCCAGUCCGCCUUGUCUACUUUCUUUCUCCAUCAUCAUCCUGACAACUCCUCGACCUUCUUGUCUCCUCCUCGUCUCCAUCUUUCUCCCUCUCGCUGUUUCCCCCCCACUCGUCUAUCCUGCGUUUCCGUCGACCCCAGCCAAUCAACUCAUAAGUGACCUUAAGCUUCUCACACGAAUAACAUACAAACCAUCAUAGAAAAAUAAUAUCCCUCCAAGAAUCCACUAUGACAAGCCAGUACAAACAUGGCAAAAACAUACACACAAAAAUCAUCAUACAGCAAUAUGGCCAUUGGCUUUGAGCAUAUUUCUACAUAGCUAAUAAUUAACAUUUUGUAAAGUAAUCAUCGUCGCCACCACAACACAAUAAUUAGACUUGAGAAUAUCCCCAGACUAGUCAUAAGUAAGUACUUCUGAAAACAGAUAGAACAUCACAGCACUCGUUAGCUUGUCUUUUCAUAAUAUCUACCUUUAAAUACAAAUAAAAUAUAGAAUAUAUCUCUGAUAAAUGUCACUCAACAUUUUCGUCUCUCAACGGCACGUACAAACAUUACAAAUAAGAACACAAAAAAACGGGAAUGUAUGCAGAGGAUUUGCAUCGAUUUCGAGCGUAAUUCCUACCAGAUGCGACUCCGCUUUGACACGUUUUUAGCAAAAUGACCAACAUCUGUUGUUGGGAGUCUACCAGACAUGAAAAAAAAGGGAAGCCACAGUAGACUGUAGCAAAGUUACUGCACAGUAGGGAUUGUGAAAUGAGUAAUGUGUGGGAUUAGAGCUCCGAAAGUAGGAGAAUCGAGAGGAAUCAUAAAGACAGAAGGAAAUGUGUGGUCAUGAACAGGCAAGAAGGAGCGAUUACAGGCUGUUUGUAACCUUUUUCCCUCUUCAGGUUUUGCAUUCUUGUAACUCCUGCAUACGCUGAAGGCACUGCAUUAAUGUGAGAAAUGUGAACACUAGUGAUACAAAACUACUUUCUCCUCACAUGGAGGGGAGGAACAGGUAAAGAGCAGUGACAGGUGAAUCCCAAAACUAAUAAAUAAACAAGUUUGAAGGAAUUUAUGAUUCACAAAUGCAGUGUUUCUCAACCUUUUUCAGGACUGUGUGAUAACUCUUGCUUCCAAAAUCCUCUGCUGUAUUUUAUUUUCAAGAGAACGAAGGAAGCUCCAGAUUUAUUGUGCAGAAAUGAUCCUUAACCAAAGCGCCCCCC